AUGUACUUGAAUGCUGUCGUCAGGUGUAGCCCUGUGGCGUGCUUCAUGCUUCCAAGGCUGCAGAACACACACACACCUUCAGUGUUGGUGUCAUUUGAAGAUGUGGCUGUGGACUUUACCCAGGAGGAAUGGCAGCACAUGGACAACACUCAGCGGACCCUGUACAGGGAUGUGAUGCUUGAGACUUAUAACAAUCUGCUGUCCUUGGGGUACAGCUUGACAAAGCCUCAUGUGAUCUUGAACCUGGAACGAGAUUUAGCACCAUGGACAGUGGACAAAUCUACACACCAGAGACUUCCAGAUUCCUACAGACAGAAUGAACUGCUUGGAGCCAAUCAGGAAAGUCAAGAAAUAAUCUUCAGGAUCCCUGGUGAAAUGCCUCUUGAGAUAAAGCAUGCCUCUGAUUUCCCUGAGACCAAACUCCAGAGUGGGGAAAAUCUCAGUCAGCACGAUAAGAUGCACACUUGUCAGCAGUCUUUUGAACACAAUGGGAAAGAAAAAACUUUCAGCAGGAGGAAGAUAUUCCUUGUGAGUGAGAAAGUCUAUACCAGCGACGCAUGUAAUAAGCAACCUGUCAAUGUGGGAAAGUCUGUGCAGCUUAAAGAAAAAAUGUUAAAUAACAAUUCUGACUUUGACAAUCAUCCACAAACACAAUCAGGAGAGAAACCCCAGGAACAUUUCCAGAGUGAGAAAUCACUUAUUUAUAAAAGAGAUGCCAAAGUCAAUCAGAUAACCCAAACAGCUAGAAGUCACUGUAUAUGUGGUUAUUGUAAAAAGCCUUUUCACUACAAAUCUUGCAUUAUCAGCAAACAUAGAAGUGACAGAGGAGCAGAUUUCUAUGUGUGCAAUGGAUGUAAAGAAAACAUUGACCAGGAGUCAGAACUCAUAGGAGAUCAGAUCCUUGGCACUGCAGAGAAGCCAUAUGAAUGUGAUGAGCAUAGAAAAGUCUUUCACCAGGAAUUCUCUCUCAUUAGGGAUCAGAGAAUUCACACAGAGGGGAAACCGUAUGAAUGUAAUGAGUGCGGAGAAGCAUUUAAAAUAAAGUCAUAUCUAAUUGCACAUCUGAGAGUCCACACAGGGGUAAAACCUUAUGAAUGUAAUGAGUGUGGACAAGCUUUUAAGCAUAAGUCAUCCCUAAUCACACAUCAGAUAAACCACACCGGCAUAAAACCUUACGCAUGUAGUGAGUGUGGAAAAGCAUUUACACUGAAGUCAUAUCUAACUUCACAUCAGAGAAUACACACCAGGGAAAAACCUUAUGAAUGUAGUGAGUGUGGAAAAGCUUUUUUUCGGAGGUCACACCUCACUAUACAUCAGAGAAUCCACACAGAGGCAAAACCUUAUGAAUGUAGUGACUGUGGGCAAGCUUUUAAGCAUAAGUCAUCCCUAAUCAAACAUCAGAUAAACCACACCGGCAUAAAAUCUUACGAAUGCAGUGAGUGUGGAAAAGCAUUUACAGUGAAGUCAUAUUUAACUUCACACCAGAGAAUCCACACAGGGGAAAAACCUUAUGAAUGUAGUGAGUGUGGAAAAGCUUUUGCUCAGAGGUCACACCUCGUUAGACAUCAGAGAAUCCACACAGGAAUGAAGCCUUAUGAAUGUAGUGAGUGUGGACAGGCCUUUAGGCAUAAGUCAUCCCUAUUUACCCAUCAGGUAAACCACACUGGGGAAAAACCUUAUGAAUGCAAUGAGUGUGGAAAAGCUUUUUCUCAGAAUUCAUACCUCAUUAAACAUCAGGCAAUCCAUACAAUAGAAACCCCUUAUGAAUGUAUUGAGUGUGGAAAAGCAUUUAAGCAGAAAUCAUACCUAGUUAUACAUCAGAGAAUCCACAACGGGGAAAAACCUUAUGAAUGUAGCCAGUGUGGAAAAGCAUUUAAGGUGAAGUCAUCCCUAAUCGGACAUCAGAGAAUCCACACAGGGGUAAAACCGUAUGAGUGUAGCCAAUGUGGAAAAGCAUUUCAUUACAAGUCAGACCUAAUCAUACAUCAGAGAAUCCACACUGGGGAAAAACCUUAUGAAUGCAGUGAGUGUGGAAAAGCUUUUGCUCAGAAGCCACAACUCAUUAAACAUCAAAGAAUCCACACCGGGGAAAAGCCUUAUGAAUGUAAUGAGUGUGGAAAAAGUUUUUCUCAGAAGUCAGACCUCAUUACACAUCAGAGAACCCACACAGGAUAA